AUGACGCGUCAACUACGUCCCGCCUCGCCCCUACACCUCUACUCACCCCUCUGCGAUCCAACCUUGAACAUACUCACCACUGUCCUCUCCCUCUCCUUAUUAAUACCAAUAGUCAACACACAAAUGGUUCUCACAAACACUAGCAAAAACAAAAACUUUUCAAACGAAAUUAAUAUAAGCAAUUUUACAAAACUAGAAGAGUAUACAGUAAAAACAGAUAAAAACGAUGAAAGCGAGCUUAUUAACACAGUAAGUAGUAAAAACUACCAAACACUCAUAGACAGGUUUAGGAGAAAAGAUAAAAAUGUAACAGGCAACAUUGAUAUAGCUAAUGACAUGAGAAGCGACGAAGAAAAAUACCAAAGCGAUCUUGAAUUAGAUGAUGAGACCGAUAAAGGUGGGUUGGAUAACAACUCAAUGGAGAAAUUGCGUGUUGACGAUGAAACAAGAACAAAGAUUUUCAAUGAUUUCUCUAAAACAGUGAAGAUUUAUAAGAACUUAUCUAAAAUAGACGUUGUUAGAGAAACUAAUGAGACACAAGAUAGUGUUGAAAUGAAAUCAAAGGUGGAUCGCAAAGAUAUUAGAAGGACCACAAAUGAAUCAUUAGGAUUCCCCACACGAAAACCCACAUCCUCUCAUGUUCCUUCAAUUACUGAUGCUCAACAAACGCCACGGCCCAGCUUCCUAGAGGAUCUACCAAAAGCGAAGUCAAACCGCAUAGUCUCCAUCCUGGGUCUCUUCGAGCUGUCAGUGGGGGAUGCUCCAAGAGCUGAUGGUGUCUCCGAACUAGCUGCUGCAAGGCUGGCUGUAGAUCAUGUCAACAAACGCGGUCUACUGCCAGGAUACAAACUGCAUCUUAUCACCAAUGAUACUAAGUGCGAUCCAGGGGUGGGCGUGGAUCGCUUCUUCCACGCUCUUUACACAGAGAGGGAUUCCCGCAUGGUGAUGUUACUUGGCACAGCCUGCUCCGAGGUCACGGAAAGCAUCGCCAAGAUUGUACCUUACUGGAAUAUAGUGCAGGUAUCGUUCGGCUCAACAUCACCAGCACUGAGUGACAGAACAGAGUUCCCUCUCUUCUGCAGAACAGUGGCUCCUGACUCCUCACAUAAUCCUGCCAGGAUAGCAUUCAUCAGACAAUUUGGCUGGGACACGGUGACAGCUUUCUCCCAGAAUGAGGAGAUAUACUCUUUGGCUGUAAACGAGCUGGUCACCCAGCUAGAAGCCGCCAACAUCACGUGCGCUGCUUCCAUUACCUUUGCGGAGUCAGACUUCAAGGAACAGUUGCAGCAACUCAAGGAGCUGGACACCCGAAUCAUCAUCGGCAGCUUCUCACAGGAGAUGAUACCAAAGAUAUUCUGUGAGGCGUUCAGACUUGGCAUGUUCGGUGCGGAGUACGCCUGGCUAGUGUCGGGCAUGCCCCCGCGCAUCCGUGGCGCCCCGCCCUGUGCCCGCCCACAACUUGCGCGUGCGCUCGAAGGAUUGGUCACCGUGACUGCGCAUAGAGGCAUCGUUGGAGAUGCUGCUUCGAUCUCUGGCUUGACCAAUGAAAUGUUCCACCGGGAAAUGGAAGCCGCUGGAGUCGCUGUUUCCCCCUACGCUCCACAAACAUACGACGCUGUUUGGGCCAUAGCCCUAGCAUUGAGCAAAGCUGAACAAUUAUGGAGGUCUCUGGGUGACCAGAGCAAUAACGGGACGAAUGCCACAAGACUAGGACUCAGCCAUUUUGAUUAUGAUAGGCAGGAUAUGGCUAAGGAGUUCCUGGACCAGCUCGCAAACCUCAGCUUCGUUGGAGUUUCGGGUCCCGUCUCGUUCAAUGGAGCUGACAGGAUAGGAACAUCUGCUUUCUAUCAAAUUCAAGGUGGCAGACCAAAAACUGUAGCGCUUUACACUCAUGGGAGGGAGAUGACCUGUUCUGAAUGCACUCGCCCUCAAUGGGCGGGAGGUGUUCCAGCAGCUCGGAGGGUACUGGUUCUUAGAGUGGACUCCGUGUGGCCUCCAGCUAGGCUUGCAGUUGCAGCUUUAGCUGCAUUGGGUGUGGCCUUAGCUCUAGCCUUCCUGGUCUUCAACUUGCACUAUAGUAAACGAAGAUCGAUAAAGCUGUCAUCUCCUCGCUUGAAUAACAUGACGCUGAUCGGCUGCGUAUUAGUCUACACGGCGGUGGCACUACUGGGUGUCGACAACGCGACUCUUCCUUCAUAUGUCCCCUUCUCCGCUAUGUGCACUGGCAGGGUCUACAUCCUCUCAGCUGGGUUCUCCUUGGCUUUCGGUUCCAUGUUUGCAAAGACGUAUCGAGUACAUAGGAUAUUUAUAAGCAAUCGCAGUGGAGUCUGCAAAACAAAAUUACUACAAGACACCCCACUGAUAUCUCUGGUGUGCGCGCUACUGGUCAUCGAUGGGAUGAUAGUCACACUCUGGACAAUGCUGGACCCCAUGGAGCGGCAUCUCAAGAACCUGACGACGGAGAUCAGCACCACUGAUAGGAGCGUCAUAUAUCAACCUCAGAUAGAAGUCUGCAAAUCCCAAAACACAACUGGCUGGCUUUGUGCCCUCUAUGCAUAUAAGGGCCUGCUCCUCAUAGUAGGGGUCUACAUGGCUUGGGAGACCAGAAACGUCAAGAUAUCAGCUCUGAACGACUCCAAAUAUAUAGGAAUCAGUGUAUAUUCCGUUGUCAUCACCAGCGCCAGUGUGGUGGUUAUUGGAACUAUAAUAUCUGAGAGAGCUACUCUGGCCUACAUUUCGAUAACAAGUUUGAUUUUGAUAACUACUACAUCCACGUUGUGUUUGCUGUUUUUGCCGAAGAUUGUCGCCAUUAGGAGUAAUGCUGAAGAAGACCCCGUAAUACAAAGCAUGGGCCUAAGACUAGAAUGCAAAACGAGAAGAUUCGUGACAGACGAGACCCAAGAGCUACACUUCAGGAUAGAGAUACAGAAUAGAGUGUAUAAGAGAGAGGUGGCAGCACUGGACAAGGAGAUCGGCAGGCUGGAGAAACUGUUGGCUGAGCCCCUGGACUCCGGGAGUGGUUCUAAUGCAUCGCUGUCCUUGCAUAAACGGACUGAACUAAACACCGUUGAAGAAGAAGGCCUAGCUCACGUAGACGGAGACAGGCGCACUCCGAGUAUCAGCGGCGGUCUACCAAUGCUCCUACUGUCCGUCCUCCCACCAGUCAUACCACGCGCCAGCUGGCCAUCAACCGACGCUUUCCGAGGACGAAACUCCGUCAGUUUCAGUUCACAACCAAAACUCAACUACAGGAAAUCUCAACCAUCUAUAGACCUUUACAACCUCUGCCUAAACAAGAGAGAAGAACACACCGGUCUACUCAGUAGAAUUAAAAGUUUCUUCGGCAGCAGUAGACCGUCCAGUAGGAAAGCCUCUACCAUGUCAAUAGCAGAUCCUACAGGAGCCAGUAUAGCAGCAGCACUUAAAAUGCACGUUGGUAUGAUAGCAGGUCUCGUUCCAGGGAACAGGAAACAUUCCAUGGUCCUAUCCUGCAACACUCUUCACGUGCCUCAUCCAGAAUUGAAGUUAAGAAGAGAAUCUUAUGCUAAAAGUGGUCCUAUUAUCCGCGUCACUGAUGACGAACCUUCUUGUUCAUAUGAACCUGAUCAUCCGAGACCGUUGCAGCAGAAAUACAUUGCUGAACCUGAGACAAAGGUUAAUUUCGUUCUACCAACGACGCAUCAAAGACCGAUGUCUCAUCAGAAUUCCUGUGAGAAGAUCAAGGGGUCACCAAGAUUCCCUCAUCGUAUAGCGCCUUCAGCCGCCAAUAGUUUAACCACUCUUGACACUCGAAGAAAAACCAGUGCUGACAGCGUGUUCAACAUAACUGCCAGGGUUUUUGAAGAACAGAGACGGUACAGCCACCAGAACGUCAGUCGUGAUGCUAAAGGGAAGUCUGUGUUAGAAAGCAGGUGGAAGUCUACUGAGGAUGCCAGACCUGGCCCAUCGUCCAGAGAUUAGAGGAAAUAUGUAUGAUAUUGAUUGUACUGUGCCAUUAUAUGUGCCAAAGAUUUUCUUAGAUUUUUGUAGAUUUGUGUGAAUAUAGUCGGAUAAUUAUAGUUUAAGUACCUACGUCAUGCAAAUAAAUUGUUCUUAUAUUUACCUAUAAUAAAACCAAGAAAAAAUAUCGAGUUUGAAAAAAAUAAUAAGCUUUGUGGCCUAGAGGAUGACGCGGCUCAGUCAAAAUUAUUUAUUUC